UAGUAAAAAUUAAUUCAUUAGCAUUCUGAACAUUCCUUUUAAAAAUUUGUAGAAACUGAACUUUGAUGCCUUGAAUAUAUAAUGAUCCAUUAUAACAAUUAUGCGUAGGCUUUAAAAAUCUGCAUAUUUUAUGCUUCUUUCGUGGUUUUCCUGAUUAAUGAUUUUACAUGGUUAAUUUUAAUAUAUUCUGCAUCACAGUUUCUGUAUUUAUGUAAAAUAAGCACUUAAAAUGAAUACUACUUGCUUAAAUAUUACUUUCCUCUAAAAGAGAAAACAAAAUUGCUAGUUUUAACUUUAAGACUUGAACUCAAGUAUUUAGAAUUUGAAUAUUUCUUAGAGAUUGUGUAAUUUUAAUGUCGUCAGUAAUUUCUUAGUUCCUGAUAUCAGAAGUGAUUGCCUGUGUUUCACAUUUUGGAUUUCCUAAUGUAAUGUUCUCUUUUUAGAAAAGGUGGACAAGUCCUAUUUUCAAGAGAAGAUGACUCUUAACUGUUUUGAAGGAUCUAAAACUUGUGUACCUGCAGACAUCGAUAAAGAUGAAGAAUUUGUAGAAGAGCUUAAUAGAUUAAAAACUUUUGCUAAUUUUCCAAGUAGUAGUCCUGUUUCAGCAUCAACGCUAGCACGAGCUGGUUUUCUAUAUACUGGUGAAGGAGACACCGUGCGAUGCUUUAGUUGUCAUGCAGCAGUAGAUAGAUGGCAAUAUGGAGACUCAGCAAUUGGAAGACACAGAAAAGUAUCCCCAAAUUGCAGAUUUAUCAAGGGCUUUUAUUUUGAAAAUAAUGCUGCGCAGCCUACAAAUUCUGGUAUCCAAAAUGGUCAGUACAAAGCUGAAAAUUAUCUGGGGAACAGAAACCAUUUUGUUUUAGACAGGCCAUCUGAGACUCACACGGACUAUCUUUUGAGAACUGGACAGGUUGUAGAUCUGUCCGACACCAUCUACCCAAGGUACCCUGCCAUGUGUAGUGAAGAAGCUAGAUUAAAGUCAUUUCAGCACUGGCCAGAUUAUGCCCAUUUAACCCCAAGAGAGUUAGCUAGUGCUGGACUCUACUAUACAGGUGUUGAUGAUCAAGUGCAGUGCUUUUGUUGUGGUGGAAAACUAAAGAAUUGGGAACCUCGUGACCGCGCAUGGUCAGAACACAAGCGACAUUUUCCUAAUUGCUUCUUUGUUUUGGGCCGGAAUGUUAAUAUUCGAAGUGAAUCUGAUACCCUGAGUUCUGAUAGGAAUUCCCCAAAUUCAACAAAUUCUCCAAGAAAUCCAGCCAUGGCAGAUUAUGAAGCACGGAUCGUUACUUUUGGGAUGUGGAUGUACUCUGUUAACAAGGAGCAGCUUGCAAGAGCUGGAUUUUAUGCUUUAGGUGAAGGUGAUAGAGUCAAGUGCUUUCAUUGUGGAGGAGGUCUAAGUGAUUGGAAGCCUAGUGAAAACCCUUGGGAAGAACAUGCUAGAUGGUUUCCAGGGUGUAAAUAUCUGUUAGAAGAGAAGGGGCAAGAAUAUGUAAACAACAUUCAUUUAACCCACUUACUUGAGGAGUCUGUGGGAAGAAAUGAUGAGAAAACACCAUCACUAACUAAAAGAAUUGAUGAUACCAUCCUCCAGAAUCCUAUGGUACAUGAAGCUAUACGAAUGGGGUUCAAUUUCAGGGAUAUUAAGAAAAUAAUGGAGGAAAAAAUUCAGACAUCUGGGAGCAACUAUACAUCACUCGAGGUUCUGGUUGCAGAUCUAGUGAGUGCACAGAAAGACAACACACAAGAUGAAUCAAGUCAGACUUCCUUGCAGAAAGAGAUUAGUACUGAAGAGCAGCUAAGGCUCCUGCAAGAGGAGAAGCUGUGCAAAAUCUGUAUGGAUAGAAAUAUUGCUGUAGUGUUCAUUCCUUGUGGACAUCUGGUCACUUGUAAACAAUGUGCUGAAGCAGUUGAUAAAUGUCCCAUGUGCUACACAGUCAUUACUUUCAAGCAAAAAAUUUUUAUGUCUUAAUCUAACUCUACAGUAGACGUAUUGUGUUCUUAUUACUCUCAUUGAAUGUGUGAUGUGAACCAAAUUUAAGUAAUCAGCAUUGAAUUCAUUAGCAUUUGCUCCCAAGAAGAAAAAUUGUAAACUGCAGUGUUAUAGUUGGCAAUCUAAAAUUCGAAUUUCUGGAUUUUCAGAAUAUUCACUAUAUUAUCUAUCCUUUUUCUUUCCUACUAUUAAUUGAAACCCUAGACUAAGAAGCAUCAUAUUGUAACCGAUCACAAUGUGUAUUUGUGGUACACUGACUUAGCUUCUAAGUGUAAGUGAAUUAAUCAACUAAAUUUUCCAUUCUUUUCAGAUAGGCCUAGCAGGUGGAGUAUUCUUUGUAAAUGUGGAGAUUGGGGUUAAUCUCUCCAAUCACAUACUUUGUUUUAUAUGAAAAAGGAGUGAACUGUUCCACCCUGGUGGAAAGAUAGACAUUAUUUUUAGAUGUUAUGUUAGUCUCUAUGCUCUAGAUUUUGUCUAUUUUCUUUUAAAAUUAUACAUACAUACUUGGGUGGAUGAUUUUACACAAUGAUUUUGCCAUUGUUAAAAGGGUAUUAAUGAUAGAAUGCCAUCUAGCCUACAUGUAUCGAAUGAGCCGAAUGAAAGUUGUGUGCAUUUUAUUGUAUGUAUAGAACAACACAUUAGAAAAGAUAGGUACCAAACUGUUAAAUGUGGUUUCUCUUGAUGGGGUGGGGGGUGGGUCCCAUAGGGGCUUUACAGGGGCCUUUCACUUUCUACUUUUUUCAUUUUGUUCUGUUUGAAUUUUUGUAAGUAUGUGUUACUUUUGUAAUCAGAAUUUUUAGAAAGUAUUUUACUGAUUUAAAGGCUUAGGCAUGUUCAAAUGCCUGCAAAACUACUUAAUGCUCAGCUUUAGUUUUUCUAAUCCAAGAAGGCAGGACAGUUAACCUUUUUUGGUACCAAUGUGAAAUUUAAAUGUCUUUGUUUGUCCUGCUUUGUGGAUGAAAAAUAUUUCUGAGUGGUAGUUUUCUGACAGGUAGACCAUGUCUUCUUCUCUUGUUUCAAAAUAAAUAUUCCUGAUUUUGUAAAAUGAAAUAUAAAAUAUGUCUCAGAUCUUCCAAUUAAUUAGUAAGGAUUCAUCCUUAAUCCUUGCUAGUUUAAGCCUGCCUAAGUCACUUUACUAAAAGAUGUUUGUUAACCCAGUAUUUUAAACAUCUGUCAGCUUAUGUAGGUAAAAGUAGAAGCAUGUUUGUACACUGCUUGUAGUUGUAGUGAAAGCUUUCCAUGUUGAGAUUCUCAUAAUCUUGUAAAGUUUCAUGUGAGUUAUUGCUGUUAGGAUGAUUAAGAUGUAUAUAAGACAAAAUGUCAUGUCUUUUCUCUACUUAACAUUUUUUGUUUUCUUGACUAGUAAUAGUAGUAGAUAACUCUGAAGUAAAUGUUCUCUCAAGAUCCUUAAAAACCUCUUGGAAAUUAUAAGCUAUUGACAAGGAAAGAAGAACAUUUGUUUAAAUAUUAAAGACAAAAUAAAACUUGAAUAAGAAUCAAUAUAGAUAAAAAAACGAAAGUUUAAAAAUCCUUCAUAGAAUACCCACCCAGGCUUUUUUUAAAAGAUUAGAUUUAUUAUUUUUUUUAGAGAGAGAGGAAGGGAGGGAGAAAGAAGGAGAGAACCGUCAAUGUGUGGUUUUCUCUCGUGCGCCCCCAACAGGGGACCUGGCCCACAACCCAGGCAUGUGCCCUGAUUGGGAAUUUAACUGGUGACCUUUUUGUUCACAGGCUGGUGCUCAGUCCACUGAGCCAUGCUAGCCAGGGCCCACCCAGGCUUUAAUUACAAGAUUCUCACAACGACCUGUUGUUGUAGAGAUGAGUGAAGCAUUUUACUGCAGAGAAAAGUACGAGAUUAAGACUUAAAAAUUAUCAUUGUUGUAUUUUCUGAGAAAGAGUAUUGUCAUGUUCUCCUAACCUCUGCUUAUUAUUACUUUAAGUGGUAUUCAUUUAAAGCAUUGCAAAUUUAAAUGAGAAUUUUUAAAAUAACAACUGUCCUGUUUUGUUUUACUAUUAUAUAUUUAUUAAGUUAAAAUUUGCAUGUGUAGUUUAAGCUUUAAGUUGAAAUUACAGGGAGAGAAAAGUGUUAUUUAAAGUUUUCAAAAAUGUGUUUUCCAGGACAUGUCAGCUCCAAGUCAGGUAGUUAGUUCAAUGUAGUUGUUGGCUAAGGACUCAAUUGUUUUAACAUAAGGCCUUUUCUGUUCUGGGAGCCUCAGUUGAUUAAAACUCUUCUUUUAAAACUUACGUGUUUAGAAUUAAGCAAGACCUUUUUUUCUCCCCAUGACUUGUGAAAUUUAAUGCAUGAAGUUGAUGUGACUAACAAGUUUAUUUUAAGAAUUGUUUAGAAAUGCUGUUGCUUCAGGUUCUUAAAUCACUCAGCACUCCAACUUUUAACCAAAUCUUUAAGACUUAACCAAUGUUUGUGUUCCCACUUUAAAAACCACUGGAUUCUCACUAUCUAACAUGCAAGAAAUGAUCACUUACAAGGUCAAGAAUAUAAGCAGAUCCAAAUCUGCCUCUCCUCAGAGUAGUUUUCAGUAUCUACAUGUAGAUACUCCUUUUGUGUAUAAAGAUUUCAAAGUCACCACCUAUUUUACUACAUUUAGUCACUCGAAGAGUCAAGUUAUUUGUAAUAAAUAGUUAUCUUUAUUCAUAACAAUUUGGUGUGUUAUCAAAAGCUUUAUUUUAAUUUUUGAGAAAUGGGGUUAGUGUUUAUAAAUUCCAGUUUAUUAAUUAAUGGCUUUAUAUCACCUUUUUUGCUAGAUUUGUUUUUGUGUGUGUAUGUGGUAUUGCUUUUUUUUUCCUUUGGUUAGGAUCUAAGAGGAGGUAGGUAGGGUGGGUAUAGUAAGUGUAUAUAAUGUGAUGUGGCCCUGUGUAUUAUGAUCUUCUGUGUUUUUGUUGUUCUGAUAUUUAAGUUUUGAUAGUUGUUUUUCUUCUUUUCAUUUUAGUGGAUAGGAUUGGUAUUUUGAACUCUCUGAAUGGGAGACUACCACCACAGCAUUAUUUGCAUGUAUUGUACCCUUUAGAUCCAAAUCAUUGUUUUAUUUCCUGGUUACUCAGAUGUUGAAUAUGGAAGGAGGGAGUUAAAACGUGGGAGAAAUGGGAUUGGUUGUGUAUCAUUUCCAUUAAAGAAACAAGAAAAUAGGAGGGAAUAUUGGACAGGUGUAGUUAUUUUUAGUGAAGUCUGCUUUUUAAAAAAGAGAUAGCCAUUUCUUCAUCUGUGAAAUGAGAUUAAUGCCUAUCUUACAUUUGUGAGAGUUCAAGAUCAGGUAUGUAAAAUACCUGCUAUAAAUACUAGUCUCCUUCCUAAUACUCUGUUACCCUUCUGGUUUGCCUUGACUCUGGAAAUGUGGGCUAAAAUUUAAAAUAACUCUUUCAGUGACUCUUACUCACCUUUUUUGGUGUUCCUCAUAGUUAACAUGUAAACUACAAUAAAUAGAUAGGUUAAGUAAGUCCUUAAAGAUAUUUAAUUUUUUUUUAACUUGGAAAAUUUGUCAAAUUUAGUUGAGCUUUCCUAAUAGAAACAAUUGGCUUAUUCACACCUUCAUAAUCAGUUUCAGUUUGAGUCAUCUACUUAGCACAACGUGAAUUUCACUGGCAGCAUAAUAGAAUUAUGGGGUGUCAAAGCUAAGAAGUGACCUUAGAGAGCAUCUAAUUCAUCCCCCUCAUUUUACAGAUGAGGUAAACUGAGGCUCAAAAGGGAAGUGAUUUGUUCAAAGCUGUAUAGCUAAUUAGUGGCAUCCCAGACUGGGACUUAGUUUGAAGGUGAAAAACUUGAAGCUAGUUUUUUCAGACCUCCUCAGGUCUGAAAAAGUGUAUUUUUCAACUAUUUCUUUUAUACCAUAACUUUCACUACGUAUUAAAUGACACUUUAUAGCUAAUACAGUAGGACAAUCUUAAAUACAUAUAUCUUCAAAUUGUAAUACUACAUUAAUGUUUGGUGGUAAGAUUCUAUUUUGAAGUCUAAAAUCUGCAGAUAUGUGUAUAGAUUUUUUUUUGCAUUUACUGUGUUCUUAAUGUGUAUCACUAAUGUAACAUUUAAAAUUACUGUUUAAGUAUAUAUUGUCAUUUUGUCUGUGCUUAGUUACAGAUUUGCAUUUUUGAUUUGAUGUAACAAAGGCUUUUAUGCAAUUUUUGUUAGAAAAUUUUGCAUUUUUUCAUUGCUAUUCUACUUUAUCUAACCUGAGAGAAUGAAUGGUUGAUUGAUAUGUCAUUGUAUUAGUGUUGUGAAUAAUCGUGUGAAAUGUUUUGAGAUAGAGUAUUAUAUUUGUGAAUACAAUUUUAUGGCUUUUUUUUCACGUAGUAGAAAUCUUUCCAUCAGUAUGGAAAAUGAAGAAAAUUACUUUCCACUGCAUAAUCUGGCAGUCAUAGAUUAAAGCUUAUUUUUCUGUGAAUAAGACGUAUUCAAUAAAGUACUAUUCUUUAAAAUGUUA